AUUUUUAUGUAAUAUUAUUUGAUUUUGUGCUAAAAGUUCGGGAUUUUCAGCCAUUAAACUUGAUUUGUUAAUGAGUUUGAGGAGUACCCAGAUUGAGAUAUUGAGGGAGAAAGGAGGGUUAAUUAGGGAAACUCUUGGUUUCCCAGGAAAAUACAGGAUUUCCCAUUUGGUUAAUGAUAAAAAAUUUGCAAAGCGGAGCCUCCAUUAAAGAUUCUCGUAAGAAUUCAGGUUCCCCUGUUUUGAAAACUUCGGUUUAUACCGUUAAAAUAUGGGCUGUAUUUGUUCAAAGGGAGCAUCGGAAAAGGAUGUAGCCGAAGAAUACGAGAAAGGAAAUGAAUUGGCAAAGGCAACUUCGGUUCAACUGGUCGCUCCUCCGUCUCAAAAGAGAGAAAAUUUUUUGGUUGAGGUUAAUGGCGAUGGCUCGGUGCGUCCUUUAUCUCGGGCGACUUCAAGAGCCAACGCCUCUCAGACCUCUGGCUCUAUUCACAGAAAGCCCAAGGAAGACGACAACAGAGUAGUGGUCGUCGAAGGACCCUCGAUUGAUCAUCACCAGAGAUUGGCCACCAUGGAGUUGAGCUCCAGUAAAUCAAAACCACAGAUGACUAGGAUAGUUAGUGUCGUUAAUGGAAACAGCAAUGGUAGUGGAGGAAGGGACCCGAAUGAAGAGGCGGGUUGGCCGUCGUGGUUGACCUCCGUUGCCGGAGACGCCAUCAAAGGGUGGGCCCCUCGUAAGGCAGAGUCAUUUGCGAAGUUAGACAAAAUUGGACAAGGAACAUACAGCAGUGUAUAUAAGGCUCGAGACCUUGAAACUGGUAAAAUUGUUGCACUAAAGAAAGUUCGAUUUGUUAAUAUGGAUCCAGAGAGCGUGCGUUUUAUGGCAAGAGAAAUCCAUAUCUUGCGUAGACUUGACCAUCCAAAUGUUAUGAAGCUGGAGGGUUUAGUUACUUCCAGAAUGUCACGCAGCUUAUACCUUGUUUUUGAGUACAUGGACCAUGAUCUUGCUGGGAUUGCAGCAACCCCAGGCAUCAAGUUCACUGAAUCUCAGAUAAAAUGCUACAUGCAACAAUUGCUUCGUGGACUUGAGCACUGUCAUAGUCGUGGUGUUCUGCACCGUGACAUUAAAGGAUCAAAUAUUUUGAUUGACAACAAUGGAGUUCUCAAGAUUGGAGACUUUGGUCUGGCGACCUUUUACGACCAGAAUCAGCCAAUGACUAGUCGUGUGGUGACUCUGUGGUAUAGACCACCUGAGCUUCUGCUUGGUUCCACAGAGUACGGACCUGCAAUUGAUUUGUGGAGCGUUGGUUGUAUUCUUGCAGAAAUGUAUGCAGGGAAACCAAUUAUGCCUGGCAGAACAGAGGUAGAACAAAUGCAUAAGAUUUUCAAACUUUGUGGUUCACCAUCAGAAGACUUCUGGCAGAAAACAAGGUUACCACAUGCAACUAGCUUCAAGCCCCAACAACCGUACAAGCGACGUCUUCCAGAAACAUUCAAAGACUUCCCUUCUUUUGCCAUGGCUCUUGUUGAUAAACUCCUCGCAAUCGAACCAAAAGAUCGUGGAUCGGCAGCAACUGCACUUGCAAGUGAUUUCUUCACAACAGAGCCCCUCCCUUGUGAUCCAUCUAGUUUACCCAAGUAUCCUCCGAGCAAGGAGAUUGAUGCCAAGCUUCGCAAUGAGGAAGCAAGAAGGCGCAGAGCAGAUACUGUAAAAGGACGUGGUCCUGAAUCUGUUAGAAGGGGUUCAAGAGACGCCAACCAAUUGCCAACACCAGAAUUCGAGGACGACGAAGACACUUCUAUGCAGAAACAUUCGAACGCAAAAACCUCCAGUCAUAAGUACAGCAGCCCCCCGGAGGAUGGCGGAUCAGGUUUUCGAAUGGAACCUCCUAGAGGAGAAAGACAGAAUGGAUAUGCUCACUCUAGUUCUAUGGUCCAUCCUAGUGCUGCAGUAGGAUCUUCGCGGAGUAAGACAGUAGAUAAUUCUACGAGGAAUAAAUUAAGAGCACAAAGAUUUCAAAAGUAUCUGGCACCAGCUGAAUCAUCUAUGAUCUCUUCUGCUAAAAGGAAUGAAACUAUGCAUGCAAAAGAAUCUGAAAUGAAGAAGAGCAGAAUCCAUUACUCUGGACCCUUGGUGCCUCCAGGAGGGAAUUUAGAAGACGUACUUAAAGAGCACGAGAGACAAAUUCAACAGGCAGUACGUAAAGCUCGUCUUGACAAGGCUAGAACCAAUAAAGGCUACGACAAUUACAGUUGAAGAGUUAUUUUGAUUAACAACACUCCAAAUAAUGGUGCUGCCAAUUAAGGAACCAGCGAUCGUUAUUUAACCAGACGAAGGGCUGCAGCCGGCACACCCUGCAAUUAAUUUGGUACGAGUCUCACCACUCCAGUAGACCAAGAAGAGAUAUUACCUCGCAGAUCUGACCAAGAUUGAACUGGUUAUGUAUAUUCACAAUGAAACCAGUGGUGCUGUGAUGGAAACUAUGUUGUAAUAAUUUUUUCUUCAGGUGAAACCACUCCAAAGAUUAUAAUUGUCAAGUGGGUAUUUUAAUUGUUUGGUAUAGCUUGAGAUAUUCGCUUUGUAUAGUGUUAAAAAAGGCUGUUUUAUAUACACAUUGUAAAUUAUCCAUUGGCUUU